CAUCUCCUCUUCCCCCUCUCAAGAUGCUACCGUGUACGUUGGUGGCCUGGACGAGAAGGUCAGCGAGCCGCUGCUAUGGGAACUCUUCCUGCAGGCGGGACCAGUGGUCAAUACUCACAUGCCCAAAGAUCGAGUCACAGGUCAACAUCAAGGCUAUGGGUUCGUGGAAUUCCUCAGCGAGGAAGAUGCCGACUACGCCAUUAAAAUCAUGAACAUGAUCAAGCUGUAUGGGAAGCCAAUCCGCGUGAACAAAGCCUCCGCCCACAACAAGAACCUGGACGUGGGGGCCAACAUCUUCAUCGGCAACCUGGACCCGGAGAUCGACGAGAAGCUGCUGUACGACACCUUCAGCGCCUUCGGGGUCAUCCUGCAGACCCCCAAGAUCAUGCGGGACCCCGACACGGGCAACUCCAAGGGCUACGCGUUCAUCAAUUUCGCCAGCUUUGAUGCCUCCGACGCAGCCAUCGAGGCCAUGAACGGACAGUACCUGUGCAACAGGCCCAUCACCGUUUCUUACGCCUUCAAGAAGGAUUCCAAAGGCGAGCGGCACGGCUCCGCUGCGGAGCGGCUGCUGGCCGCCCAGAACCCCCUCUCGCAGGCAGACCGGCCCCAUCAGCUGUUUGCAGAUGCCCCUCCUCCUCCGUCGGUGCCGACUCCUGUCGUCACGUCCUUGGGGCCCGGAGUGAACCCUGCAGGCCUCCCGCCCCCAGGGUCGUUUCCUCCCGGGGGCGGGGCCCCUCCUCACCCACAUCCUUUCGCACCUGGCGGGAUGCAUCAUCCAGGGAUGUCACCCAUGCAGGUGCAUCACGGACCGCCCGGGAUGGGCCAGCAUCAUCACCCGGGGCCACCAGGGGCAGGAGGCCCGCCCCCGAGAGGGGACGUGCACAAAGUGCGGAGACUGGUGGUCGCGGUGACAGCGCACGAGAAGCAGGAAACCAGAGCAGUUUUAUCGUGCAGCUGGUUCGUUUAUGGGGCUCGCAGGAGUUAA